GGGGGGUGUCGCCAUAUUACAGCUGUAUGGGUGUGUUGGGGGUCAUUGUCAGUCGUUGUGAGUGAUUUGUUUAUGUGAUGGGUAUUGCCUUACCAUGACGGUCGAUUUUGGUGAUUAUUUCUGGGGAGAGAAGAACAAUGGCUUCACUGUUCUUUAUCAGAAUAUGAAACAUGGUUUGGUUGCAAGCAAAGAAUUUGCCGACUUCCUCAGGGAAAGAUCUAACAUUGAAGAAAAUAAUUCAAAGUUAUUGGCUAAGUUAGCUAAGCAAACAAGUUCUGGCAGUGUGCAAGGGACAUUUGCUCCAGUUUGGCAAGUUCUCCGCUCUUCAGCAGAGAAACUGUCAAAUUUGCACAUGCAGAUGGUACAGAAAGUUACUGAACUGGUGAAGGAAGUUAGCAAAUAUGCCGAAGAACUUCAUAAAAAACAUAAAUUGGUUAAAGAGGAAGAAGGAAGCACAUUGGAAGUGGUCCAAGCUAUACAGUCAACGACCUUGAUACUACAAAAGGCUAAGGAUACAUACACACAAAGGGGCUUGGAAUAUGAAAAAUUAAAGAAAGAAAAUGCAUCACCUAAGGAUCUGGAGAAAGCAGAAAUAAAACUCAAGAAGGCACAAGAAGAGUAUAAAGCAUUGAUAGAAAAAUACAAGAUGAUUAAAGAGGAAUUUGAAAGGAAAAUGAUAUUGGCUUGCAGGCAUUUUCAAGAAAUUGAGGAAGCUCAUGUGAAACAGAUGAAAGAAUUUCUCAAUACUUACGCUGACGAUCUGCAGCACAACCAUGACCUCAUUGGACAGAUACAUAUUGACUUCAAACGCCAGUGUUUGGAAAUGACUGUUGAAAAACUACUUGAACAGUUCGUUUUGACGAAGUACACUGGCUUGGAAAGACCAUGUGCAAUUGAAUUUGAGGAGUUUAGUAUAUCAGGGCUUUCAUCCAUAACUAGUCAGGCGCAGGAUUCCUCAGAAAAAACAACAAAUGGUGAAAAGCCUUCAAAGAAAGAAGGGUUUUUAAGAAGCAGGCGUGAGAAGCGUAAGGAAAAGAAAGCGAAAAAGAAGAAAGAUGGCAUGGAUAACACUAGUAGUAAAGAAGAAAAGUCAGAUGUAAAGAAUGGAAGUCUUGAUGCUUCCAGGGAAGACAAGGAUGACAAUAGGAAGUCAGAGACACCAACUCCCGAAGUGGAUGAGGAGGGCUACUGUAUCAAACCUAAACCAGAUCCUUGGGAAAAUGAUAAAGGGAGCUUUUAUUCGAGCUCAGACACUGAUUCAGACGAUGAAAGAGAACACAAAAUUCAUGUGGAAAUCAAACCAUUAAGCAACGGGUCUGCUCCAAUGAGUGCCAGUGUUGAUGAGCUCCGUGCAACGGUGGAAAACUUGUCUCUUUCACCAGUUGCUACAGUUACAGCAAGAAGAGAUUCAGCUGCUGACCCAGACUCUCACAUCAAACGCUCCCAGUCCGUCUCUCAACAGCUAGGAGGGAAACCAAGUAGUGAUCUUUUGGGAUUGAAUCUCUUCCAAAGUCCGACUGCAUCUAGUGCCUCAACCCCAACAGGGAAUCAUCCAUAUGCACCACUACACAGCCCAACGCAGCCAACAGUUAGCAGUCCAGCUCCAUCAACAUCAUCAUCACGCUAUGCAGAUCUGGGAGAUCUUUUCUCUGAAGUUGGGGAAAUGCAACAGCCAGCCUUACCACCAAAGCAGUCGCGGCAGACACCUACACCCACACAGGGCACCAUUGCAAUUCCAAGGCCACCAUCAAGACGAGGAGAGGGUCCGUCUACGCGUGGGAGAAUGAGUCCAGCUCCAAUUGCCCGUGCGGAUAGUGUUGGGAGCUUGGAGUUCCGCACAGCUGGCGUUCCAGUAGGAUCAUCACGAGGACCAUCACCCCUUACUAUUGGAAUGGCUGACACCAUACCACUUGCUGUUGCAUUUCAUGAAAUUGUCCACUCCUACUUUAGAGGGACAGAUGAAACAAAGUGCCAGGUGAAGUUGUCUGGUGACAUGAUGCUCUCAUUCCCUGCUGGAAUUGUGGCUGUACUAGCUAACAAUCCAAGUCCUGCCCAAUUAUCAUUCCGAAUUCGUAACACUCAUAGGCUUGAGGACAUGCUGCCCAAUAAACAGCUCGUCACAAUAGACUCUGCCCAGUCAAGUCACGACAGUACAGUAUUUGAUUUCAACAUGAAUGCAUUAACAGCUCUACUUCGAAGGCAGUCGGAUCAGAACCCGUCAGCAUCCUACUUUAAUGUAGAUAUUUUGAAGUACAAGAUAAAGCCAAAGAGUGGAGCAGGGUCCUGUCCAUUCCAGCUGGUAGCUUAUUGGAAAUGUGAAUCGAGCCAUACUGACCUCAGAAUUGACUACAAAUACAACAGUCAUGCUAUGUCUUCAGCCUCACCUCUACUGAAUCUCACUGUAGCUGUUCCAGUUGAUGGUGGUGUCAAAAACAUGCAAUCUAAGCCAAAUGCUCAAUGGCAGCCAGAAAAUAAUCGUGCUUUAUGGAAAUUCACGGAACUCUCCCAACAUAGUGAAAAUCAUGGUGUUGGUUCCCUGAGGGCACGUUUGGAAGUGACUAAUGGUCCAAGUAAUCAGAGCACUAUAGCAACACAAUUUAAUUGUGAAGGUACUACUCUGUCGGGCUUAGAGUUUGAGCUGGUUGGUGCAGGCUACAGACUGUCACUUGUGAAACGAAGAUUUGUCUCAGGCAAGUAUAUAUGUGAUGGUGACCCUGACCCAAGGAAUAGGUAUGCAACUCCACCAGGAUCAGAAUGCUAGCAGCUGUGCUGUUUCUUGGAAACUCAUAAGUUCCAUACUUGUUUAGUUCCAGUGACUGUGUGUGUCAGUGAAUAUGGAGUGUAUGUGAGAAAACCUAUUGAGUGAUAUGAAAAUUUGCAGUUGUGUAUUUGAAAAAGUCAAAGUACCAAAUUGACUGUUUGUAAUAAUCUAAGUCAUACCUCAACAUUUAUUUUAUCAUAAAGAGUAUUUUAAAUUCAUUGUAAAAUGAUGUGUACAAUAAUGCUGUUACUAUGAAAGGCAUUUCAGGUAAAACCUUUCAAAAUACAUAACUGGUCCUUAUGAAAUGGACAGUGAUUCCUUGAGGCUAACUGAGGAAAAAAAAAGAGUGAAUGGAUGUCAUUGACGAUGUGCAGAUGGGUGAAUUUAUACCACAGUUUAAACAUUAGAUAAGUUGACUCAUGUAUUUAAAAAGUGAAAUGGCUAUUUUAUAAGUAUUUAAAUCCAAAUCUGAUUUUUUUAACAUGUAUGAAACACACUGAAAAUUGUUGGAAUUUUUAUUCUGCCUUAAUUUACAUUCUUAUGUUUAUACUAAACAAUGAGAAAUAUUGAACAGAUAGGCACUAAGGCAGCAGAACAAUGCAAUACAGUUCUUUAAAAUUUCUAGUAUUCCGCCUAUAAUCAGCUCUUAUCUUUGUUUUACUCUUUCUUUUCUUAUGUGAUUCUGUUGCUUGUGUGUAUUGCAGUGCAAAGAGUAUAUAUUUUCCUUUCUUUAUUUUUCCCUUUAGUGACAAGAAAUCUCAUUUAAUGGUGCAAAUUUUAGUGGUAUACAUGUAGAGACUUAUUUCCUAAAUCAAAAUAUGUUCUGGGUUAUUUGUUUCAUAUCUGUGUCAUGUUGUGUAGUUAUCAGACUGAAAUAAUUAAUUUUCAGAGAAGUGUAACUAUUUGAAAUGUGAUAUUUUUAAUCGUUAUAAAGUUUAAAUGUAACUUAAGAUUCCUGUAUAAGGUACUACACACAUUUACUUCAGGUUAUAAGUACACUGAAAAAUUACAAACUAACAAAAAGGCUGAAUGUAUUGUUGAAUGAGAAAUAAUAUAUAUAAUAUCUCUCUCCACCACUCAUCCUCCUCCUCCUCGUCCUCCUCCUCCCCUCCCAUUACAGAAUGCUUGUCAGUUGUCAGUAUUUAGAUAUAUGGUUUGCAUUUACUCUGGCUGAAUACAGAUGUUCACUUUCUAAAUGUAAUACUACAGCUGCACAGUUUUAAAUUUUGUGUCUUAAGGAUAUCAUCAUAUAUGUUUUUGAGACAACAUAACUUGAUGGUAUCACCAAGAAAUUUCUGUCAAAUGCACAGGUUCCCAUACCCAGCUGUAUGAACUAUUAAAAAGUGAAUCAUGCCAGUGGGAAUAAAUGACAGUUAAGCUUAAGUAUCUUUACUAAGACAGUUUCAAUCUGUGUG